CACCACAGGAGAUCUCCUUGGUUAUUGUGGUCCUGAUGUGCAUCUCUGCUGUUUGUUGCACCCCUUGCAUUGCCUGGGUCAAAAAGAAAACCUUGAACUCCAAUGAGAAGAUCUUGCUGCUGCUGGGAUGCUCCAGGAUUUCCUUGUUAUGCAUUGCAUGGGUAUACCAAUUCAUUUCAAUAAUCUAUUCCAAUUUCCUUCAUGUUCAAUCCAUGCGUCAUCUCCUUGCAUCUUUUGCAAAUUUCUUAAAUUAUUCCAACUUGUGGGUCUCAGCCUGUCUUUGUGGUUUCUAUUGCAUAAAAAUUGCCAAUUUCAGGAACAGGCUCUUCAUCUACCUGAAAGUAAAAAUUGACAGGAUGGUGCCUUGGCUUCUGUUGGGAUCAGAGACUUUAGCCUUGGCUAUGGGCAUCAUUGUCUCUGACCUCAUUGAAACUGUACAGAGGGAAAACCACAAUAUCACCAGCCAGGAAAAUUUCUUGGAAGCAAGAUUCAGAAUGGAUAAACAUUUUUUCUUAUCACUUUUUCUCGCUGGCUUUGGAUAUGCUGCUUCAUUCAUGGUAGUCAUAUUUUCUGCUGUUUGCCUUCUCUUUUCUCUCUGGAGACACAAGUGCAGGAUGCAGACAAACUCCAUGAAGGACCUCAGCAUGGAUGUUCACAUCAGAGCCAUGAAAUCUGUCCUCUCCUUCUUAGUGAUGUACAGCAUCAACUUUGUAUGUUUGGUCUUGUCAAUAUUUUAUGUCACGAAGAAAGAAAAUAUCAUGACAUUCCUUAUAAACAUAUAUUUGUUUGCAUUUCCAGGUGUUCAUUCCCUUAUUCUGAUUUUCAGCAACCCCAAGCUAGAAAAGACACUGAUGAAGUUUCUCUCCUGGGUGAAAUGUGACUUUUUUAUGAAAUAG